CGUUAACUUUUUAUCAAAAGAUGGUUCUGUGCCGCUAGCUAGUUAAAAACAAACAGUUAUCGUAUAGUUUAUCGUUGACCUUAUUCAUAGUGUAGUGUUACAAAAAUGAGUGCCAACAAGGGUUUUGAUACGAAAGUCGAAUAUGACGACAACACAGACUCGGGCUUCCUGUCGGGGCCUAUCGACAGGCUGCCGGAUCAGGUAGAGGAGGAGUGUGAUAGUAAAAUAGUGGAAUGUGAGCCUGACCCGAAUGAUUUGGACAGCGGACUGGACCUGUGCAUCUCACAGCGGCUGGACUCGUUGCAUCUUGAACACUCGACGCCCACGGCUCUGCCGCCGCCUAAGGUCACUGUUACCGAGGAACUGCCGCCGCUCGCCAUACUCUUCCAGCAGGACGACGACGGAGACACACAACUACACAUUGCCGCAGUCCACGGCUGUCAGAGAUCAGUCAGCACGCUUAUCAGGGUGUGUCCAGACAAAUACUGGCUGGACCUGCCCAAUGACUUCGGGCAAUCAGCGCUGCAUCUCGCCGUGACGAGCGGCAACGCCAUCGUCGCCAGGAUGCUGGUGCAAGCCGGAGCCUCCCUCGGUGUCAGAGAUCUCGACGGGAACACGCCCAUUCACGCCGCAACAGCCGCCAAGCAUGUCGAUUGCCUGCAGGCGUUACUAGCCCCCAUCGACAAGAACAGUGUACCUAAGCAGCUUUUAACGAUACUGAAUUUGAAAAAUUACGAUGGUCAAACAGCAGUGCACGUGGCGGCGACGGCGGGCCACAUUCAAUCGCUGCAGACGCUCGUCUACUACGGAGCUAACGUCAAUGCUAGAGAGGGGCUGGCGGGCUGGACGCCGCUGCACGUGGCGGUGCGACGCGGCGACCUGCGCCUGACGCAGUACCUGCUGGAGCGCUGCGCGGGCGUGGCGCCGCGCACGCGCGACUACGCCGGCCGGACGCCGCGCCGGCUCGCCAGGCGGAGCCCGGCCUUCGCCACCAAGGAAGGGGCCAAGCUGUUCAAGCCCGCCGCGGACGACAGCGCUUCGGAAACCGAAUCCGAGGACGAGGGCGACGCUCCGCCGAAACGGAGCAGGGUGGAUCGGAGCGGAGCGGGGCGAAGCGAAGCACUCCCUGGCCCGAGCGAAGCGACGCGAAGCCGCCGACUGCGUCGCCCCAGGGACUCCACUACAUGAUAAAUUAUUUACGACAGCGACGACGCUGAGAGCCUAUUCGAGAAGAUCCGUGGCAGCAUGGCCGCGGCCGUCGUCACAACCAACUAGACGUCUCACUUGUGCGCCUGCGCAGGCCGCGAGAGCGCCAGAAGACUGCAGUACAUCGCACUGCUAAAGGCUGACAAGUUACUUUAAACCCGGGAUUGGGACCUACAAUUGGCUUUUAACAUCGACAUUGGUGCUGCCAUUUAAAAUAAAACUUAUAAAUUCCUCGACGUGGCAACGGUCAAAAUAUAACUUGUCACCCUUCAGUCACAUCACAAAGUUAAACAAACAGUAAAAUAGAACAAAUGUAAGCAAUAGGAAACUGGCUAAUAUUGUAAAUGAGUUUUAUGAAAACGAAGUGGCCUAUUUGUUGUACAGAUAUUUUGUAACGCGUAUGAAAACUGAAUUUGUAAAACAAUGUUGUCCUUUUCAUAAUAGCUGAGUAAAAAGGAUAGUAGCGUUUUGGAGCUGCGUAGGAAAGGCUAAACGGAGGCUGCACUGAGGCCUUACGGAGGCCAAAAUGUCAAUGACGACUUUGAUUUGACAAUGUGUCCUCUAGUAAUCGCGAUUGUCAAUGACCUCUCGACCUGGUCCGUCUUGCCCAAUGGAUAAGAUGGUAGACCUCUGAUUCCAUUGACGUCACGAAGACUCUCUGUAUAACAGGAAAUGUCAAAAAUUGUUAAAUAUAAAUAUAGCAAAUUGUAAAUAAGUUUGUACAGAAAUAUAAAAUGUUCCUAGAAUGAGUUUAUUAAAUUUUUAUGUGUUUUAUUUUUCUGUCCAAGCUUCUUUAUGUUCACCCUUUUGUAUUCAUAUUUUGUAACAACAAAUAUGUAAUAUGUUCGAUAUGCAAUAUAAUGUACGGUCAGUAAGAAAAGUGUUUACCACCGCAAGUCGAAACAAGGCAUUAAUUGUGACUUAUCCGCCUUUUUUAGUCUUCUAAGAGAUGCGUUGAUAUCUGUCUACAAAACAUUUACUAUAAUUGUAUAGUAAAUUUUAAUAAUCGUUGAUCUAUUAAGUUGCUCUUAAUUUAAAAAGUAAUAUGCCCUGUAUUAAAAUUCUAUCAAUUUAAGACUUAUUAUCAAAGUAUGACUAGAUGACGAGCUACGGUUUUAGUUGACUAUAUUCCGACCGUGAAUUGGUAGUACACGUUAUAUUAUCACUCGAUACGAUCCUGCCUGAUAUCGCACUCGAUAUGUGCUGUGAUCUCGUGACGCGUGCGGGUUUUCCCAAACAUAUCCUCAAGUCCUUCUGAAAAGUAAAUAACAUUUAAUAUUCGCAACCGUUAUUUAUUAGAAAU